AUGGGUGGCCUGGGCUCAGGCAAUGUUGGCACUGGCGGCCUGGGCUCGGGCGGCCUGGGAGCGGGCGCCCUGGGCGCAGGUGGUCUUGCCCUGGGCGCAGGUGGCCUGGGAGCGGGCGGCCUGGGCUCAGGGGGCCUGGGAGCGGGCGGCCUGAGCUCAGGGGGCCUGGGAGCGGGCGGCCUGGGCUCAGGGGGCCUCGGAGCGGGCGGCCUGGGCUCAGGGGGCCUGGGCUCGGGUGGCCUCGGAGCGGGCGGCCUGGGCUCAGGGGGCCUGGGCUCAGGGGGCCUCGGAGCGGGCGGCCUGGGCUCGGGUGGCCUCGGAGCAGGCGGCCUGGGCUCGGGUGGCCUCGGAGCAGGCGGCCUGGGCUCGGGUGGCCUCGGAGCGGGCGGCCUGGGCUCAGGGGGCCUGGGCUCGGGUGGCCUCGGAGCGGGCGGCCUGGGCUCGGGUGGCCUCGGAGCGGGCGGCCUGGGCUCGGGUGGCCUCGGAGCGGGCGGCCUGGGCUCAGGGGGCCUGGGCUCGGGUGGCCUCGGAGCGGGCGGCCUGGGCUCAGGGGGCCUCGGAGCGGGCGGCCUGAAUACAGGACCAGGCCUCAGCCUAAGAACCAGUGGUCUCUCAAAUACAGGGCAUGUCCCUGAUCCCAGGGCAAGUGGAUUUCUGGGCACAGGCCUUGGCCCUAACUCUAGAAUUAGUGGUCUAGGCACAGGUCCUGGUCCUGGUCCUAACCCAAGAGCAGGUGCCCCAGGUCCAGGCCCUGGUCUCAACCCAAGAGUAGGCCUGGGAACAGGCCAGGGCCCUAAUCUAGAUCCCAGGGCAGGUGGUCUCAUAGGACCAGGAGCUGGUCCCAAUUUAAGAGCAUCUGGAGCUCUAGGCAUGGAUAUUGCUCCCAUUUUAAGGGCAGCUGGCCUCCUCGGAACAAACUCAGCCCCUUUCUCACAGUCGUCUGGAAAUAUGGGUUCAAAUCCAUCUUCUGUGACAAGAGCCACGGGUCCCAUAGGCCCAAGCUCAGGCCCUGGUUCUAGGAUAGUCAGCUUUCCAGGUCCAAACGCCUCUCCUAUGCCGAGGGCUGCUGGCCCCUUGGGUCCUAAUUCAGCUCCUUUCUCGAGGCCAACUGGCCCCGUAGGCGUAAACUCAACUCCCUUUCCAAGGGGGACAAACCCUGCAGGCUUGAAUCCAGCUCCAUAUUCCCAGUCCACCGGCUCAAACUCCUCUACCUUUCCACGUUCCACUGGUCUUCAGGCAGCCAAUACAGCAAUUUUUCCAAGAUCGUCUGGCCCCAUGGGCCCCAGCCCGGCUAACUUCCCAAGAUCAGCGGGACUGCAAGGCCCGAGUCCAGCUCCUUUUCCAAGAUCCACUGGCCCACUAGGUCAUAAUCAAGUCCCUUUCCCCAGGUCUGCUGCUGGUUCAUUGGGCCCCACACCAGCGAAUGCCCCCGGCAUAAACCCAGCUCCUUUUCCAAGGCCAUCUGGUCCCCUGGGUAUAAACCCAUCUUUUCCUAGGGUCAAUGGCCCCAUAUUAAAGACUGUGGUACCAUUUCCCAGGAGUGGAAGCCUUUCCGGCCCUGGCCCAACUUUUCCUAGACCAGGAGGCCCACUGGCUGCAAUGUACUCAAAUGGAAUGCUGCCACCCUAGAGGCCACCCCCUCCCACCGAGGCUACAUUGGCUGCAAGGCGCCACAGCUCUGGGCAAGAUGGAGAGAGCUGUGUCCCGAAGGUCACCGUGAGGCUUGACUUGAUGGCCAUUUCUUUGUACCGCUUAUUUCUCCAAUGAAGAUGGAGUCCUCGCUUUGCUUGUGAGACAAAAACUCUGGCAGGCAAGCUCAGUCCUAAGGAUGGGGAGAAAGACUCCCAGUGUCCUGUGUAGCCUGUGGUGCUUUCUCAUUGCUUUGUGCCGAGUUCUCUCUUACUCAUUUCUUGGAUUGUUCUCCUGGACUUUUCCUCAGGGAUGCACAGGCCUGCCAGUCCCAGCUCAUUCUACCAUCUUCCCUACCAGAGAAACCCAGGUAGCUGCUUUUGUUAAUUGUGUUUGUUUCAGACAUUACUCGGUAACUUUGUACAGAGCAGCUCUGACUGGAUAUUCCUUUUCAGUUCUAAGUAAAGCUUAUUUCUUUAUGCCACAAACUGGACAUUGGCCACCCCUGGAAUUCACAGGAGGCCAGAGUUGUGAAGCAGCUUCUCGCCUGCCCUUCUUGCUACUGUUACUCCCAAUCAAAGAACCUCAAGAUUUUGAAUUGAUGUUGGCUCUGGGACC